AUGGCCGAAGGCGGGGCAAGCAAAGGUGGUGGAGAAGAGCCCGGGAAGCUGCCGGAGCAGGCAGAGGAGGAAUCCCAGGUUUUGCACGGAACUGGCCACUGUAAGUGGUUCAACGUGCGAAUGGGAUUUGGAUUCAUCUCCAUGAUAAACCGAGAGGGAAGCCCCUUGGAUAUUCCAGUCGAUGUAUUUGUACACCAAAGCAAAUUAUUCAUGGAAGGAUUUAGAAGCCUAAAAGAAGGAGAACCAGUGGAGUUCACAUUUAAAAAGUCUUCCAAAGGCCUUGAAUCAAUACGGGUAACAGGACCUGGUGGGAGCCCCUGCUUAGGAAGUGAAAGAAGACCCAAAGGGAAGACACUACAAAAAAGAAAACCAAAGGGAGACAGAUGCUACAACUGUGGUGGCCUUGAUCAUCAUGCUAAGGAAUGUAGUCUACCUCCUCAGCCAAAGAAGUGCCAUUGCUGUCAGAGCAUCACGCACAUGGUGGCGAACUGCCCUCACAAAACUGUGGUGCAGCUGCCCGCCGGUUCUCAGGGAAGACAGGAAGCAGAGCCCCAGCCGUGCACCGCGUUCCCUCGAGAGGUGGGGGGUGGGCACGGCUAUGCGUCACCACCGUUUCCUCAGGAGGCGAGGUCCGAGGUCUCUGAGUGGCCAGGCACGUCACCUGCAGAAGCUUCCUCCACAAAGUCAUCUGCAGCACCAGAAGAUCAAAGCAAAAAGGGGCCUUCCGUUCAAAAACGGAAAAAGACAUAA